UAGUGCGCGCGCUGCAGCAUUCCACUCGGUUCGCAAACGAGAACAGCGAGAAAAACCGACCAACCGAGCCGCCAAAAAUACCCUCUCCGUCCACAUUCAUCAACCGGUGUGUGUUUAUUGUAACCGGUGUCCCGUUAUUCCGUUCUAAAGCAGUGCGCACCUGUGAGUCCACCGGAGAACCAUGGCCAAAGAAGAUGAGAAGAAGGAAUCGGGCGAGUGGAAGGACUUCUUCUGGAACCCGCGGACGCACGAGCUGCUCGGUAGAACGGCAAGCAGUUGGGGUCUCAUUCUGUUGUUCUAUCUGGUCUUCUACACGUUUCUGGCUGGCAUGUUCUGCCUCACCAUGUAUGUGAUGCUGCUGACACUAGACGACUAUAAGCCCACCUGGCAGGACCGCCUGGCAUCACCAGGCGUGAUGAUUCGGCCGAAAGGAGAUUCUCUAGAAAUCAUUUAUAAUGUGGAGAAAACAGAAAGCUGGGACAAGUAUGUUCAGGCCUUGGACAACUUCCUCGCACCGUACAACGAAUCUCAGCAGGUGAUGAAUAAUGACGCGUGCACUCCAGAUCAGUAUUUUUAUCAGGAAGACAGUGGUGAAGUGCGCAACAACCCCAAACGCUCCUGCCAGUUCAACCGCACCAUACUUGGGAACUGUUCUGGACUCACUGACCGCACGUACGGUUACCAGAGCGGCAAACCCUGCGUGCUCAUCAAACUCAACCGGGUGAUCGGUAUGCUGCCUAAUAAUUACGGACAAUCUCCAAAUGUCACCUGUGGAGCAAAGAAGGAGGACACUGACAGUUUGGGUGAAAUUGAAUACUUUCCUCCAGAUGGAGCCUUCAACCUCAUGUACUUCCCGUACUAUGGCAACAAGGCACAGGUGAAUUACUCGCAGCCUCUGGUGGCCGUGAAGUUCCUGAACAUCACCCUGAACACAGACGUGAACGUGGAGUGUAAGAUCAACUCCAACACCACUCAAUUCAGCGAAAGGGACAAGUUCGCCGGCCGUGUCUCCUUCAAGAUCCGCAUCAACAAAAAUUAAAGCGACCACAUCUGACACACACACACACACACACACAAACAUUCAGACACGUCCUGUUUAAAAGUGAAGUUUAGGAGGUGUCAUUCAUCUCAAAGUGUCGCCAAAUUACUGUCUACAUCAUGGAUUCUGUGUGUGUGUAAGAGUGUGUGUGUCUUUGUAUCUCUGUGUGCUUUGAGUAACUGUCGUCAUACCCAGCUGAUAUCAUUCCAAAGUGAAUUCAAGAGAACUGGAGGAAAAUAUCAUUGAGUCGUUCUAAUACUGACAGUCCACAAACAAUACGGUGAAUUUAGAUGGACCAGAAUAAUUCAAAUCAAAAGGUGCAUAUGAGUGAAUCUCACGCAACAUAUCAAGAACAUGUCCGGGUCAUAUUUUUGCCAAAAAUUAAAUAUAUACAGUAUGUGUAUUUGCAUGAAGAAAAUUAAGCCUAUUUUUUGGACCAGUGAGAUUUUUUGCAUUGUGAAAUUAUAAAAAACAAAAAAAUAAAAUAAAAUAAAAUAAAAAUAGUAAUUAAUUAAAUUAAGUAUUUAUAAGUCACUGUAGUUCUUUGCUGUACUGAAUUUAAUUCGUGCUAAUUUAAAUACAAAAAUCAUUGUAUUACAAUAAUGAGAAUUACCAUUGAGGAAAACAUUUUGGGGAAAAUACAGUAUGUUUAGCUGUCAUGAAAAUAAUGUCACAGUUCAAACAAAAAAUAGGUUUAAUUUCAUUAAAGGUGCUGUAAGCGAUUUCAGCUGUUCUACUUCCACAUGACUGAGCCGCUGGAUUAGCCACGCCCCCUCUUUCCAAAACCCCGCCCUCCAAAGAUACCAAAUGAGCUUUAUUGAGGCCGACACGAGCAUAAACGGUUGUUAAAAACAACAGCGGCAAAAUAGCGCCCUCAACUGACAACUGUUAUGAACAACAUGGCAUAAAAAUGGCAUUAAGCCUCAAUAAUUCGCUGCAACUACAAUACUAUGAGAACAUGCUAAAUGAUUGACAAGCAGAAAGUGGCAGAGACCGUGGCCUGCGGACACAUUUUUUGCAUACCUUUCCAUGAAAAAAAUCGCUUACAACACUUUUAAUUCAGAAUUCAAAUUUCUUAUUUUAUUCUUUUGAUUUUUGAGUUAAAAAUAUCCCGGGUAAUUUUUCAUGAGAUUCACCCAUAAAAUGUAUUAAGAUAGUUUGGGGCAUACAUUUUUUUUGUAAUAACAUUGUAAGUAAAUAAUAUAUAAUACAACUUAAAGCUGUCUCAUACAAUUCAUAAGCCUGACUUAAUUCUAUGAGUAAUAAUAUUAAAUGUGUAACAAAAGCGCUAAUCACAGAUUACAUGAUCAAUAAAUAGAGCCAUAAUAAUCAUAUCAACAGUUGUUCGCCCCAUAAUCAACUUAUGAUUAACGUAACGUAUCGCAAAUUAUGAUAUCUUAUCUAAUUUAUUUAUGCGUGCAUUUAUUUAUUUAUUCAAAUACAUUUAUUAUUUUAUUCAUUUAUGUUUUAUUUAUUAUCUGAUUUGUUUUUUUAUAUAAUGUAGUUUGUGAAAACACUUUUGUAACACUAAUGUUCACUAACGCACACAUACACAACGUUAAACUGAAAUGAUUGGCUGACAUUCUGCACAUGCUCAGAUUGCACUCGACGACUUACAAAUUAGCCAAUCAGCUUCAAGCUGCGCCAUAUUAGUUUGUGAAUAAUUUGCAGAAUUGUUAAAUGACUGAUAAAUUAUUUGCUCCAUUCAAAAUGGUUCGGCCCAUCUAAAUGUGUACACAGCAAUACCUUUUGGUCCAUGAGUGUACCGUUAAUACUUGUAAAUAAUAACGAAUCUGGGGUAGCUAGCGACGAGAGUAGUUAAGAGGGGAUUUCAGGGGGAAAAAAUGUAAAUUAAGAAAAUUUGCCAAUCCAAUAUGUACUAAUGUAGAUUAAUGAACAAACGUGUUUUUCUUCCCAAAACAAGCACCUGUGUUUUUUUUUACUCAUUUGUUGUCGAGCACAUUAUGGGUUAGCCUUACGUUAGCGCCCAUUAGCACAGCGCAAGUAUGAUGCGAACAUUACCUGCAUAUAUCUUUGUUUCUUCUUAGCUUUGGUAGAAUUUUAGGUUUUUAUCAUGUGUUUUGACAUGUGGAUGUUAAAGAGGAUUGAACGUAACCUGCCCGUCAAAACUCGUGAUUUGCAAGCAGGUUAGCAUAGAGCUGUGUAGAGACAUUUUUUUGCGUAGUGCUUAUUAGAGAACCACUAGCCUGCUGUCUUCGACGCACGGGUGGCCUGACUGUGUUUCAUAUUCUUUUGUGUUUCUCACAAUCCUUAAUUUUGCCCCGAGUAGUGAAUCCGUGUUUCUGUUCGGUUACUGCCACAGUGUUGUGCGUUCGAAACGUCAGAGGGUGUGUGUUUGAAAAGUGUGUGGAAAAGAGCCAAUCGCUGCCAUAUAUUCAAAAUAUCAUCAUGAGUCCAUCCUUCGCACAUCAGUACAGAACUAACGGCCCCGAUGUUUGGGAUCAGUUUAAUGUUUACACAGUGCAGUGACUAAUAACUAGAUUAGCCGCAUACUAAACUAACGCUGCCUGCCGUACGUUUACUGAGAUCUACUCUACGUGUGCUGCCUGACCGCCAUGAAAUAGAUUUUAUAUGUUUUUAAGAGACGGUAAAUCUAAUUAUUGCACAUUCUUUUCAACUUGUGUACUUUAACUUAGAUGCGGCAGCGGUGCAUAUAAGCACGUCGCUGCACCGAGUGUUUGUAUACAGCACAUAACCACUUUUCAUAUGCUUUACAAAACACUCAUUUUUAUAUGAGGUUCUGGGCAAAACUGCCCUGGAUCUAAACAAAAACUUGCACAUCACCAUGGAAAAAGAAUGUGUGAUGUAAUAUAUGUGAUGGAGUGACGUCAUAAGUGUGCGCUGUACAGAAAACAGUAACAUCACGAUGCCAUAUUUGUGUUGCAGUAUUAUUGCACUGCAUAAAUUCAUUUAAUUAGUCCAUGUUUUUGUCUUGUUUUCCAGUAAACAUGUCUAAAAAUUCUUAAAACAAGAUAAAUUUACCUGAGAAACAAAAUUGUGCAAGAUCAUAAGACUCUUGAAUUAAGUUAUUUCUUGUUAUAAGCAUAAACCUGACUACAUUUAAUUAAAUGUAUGCUUAACCCUUGUGCGAAAAUUUAAAAAAGUUACUCAGAGGUCCUUAGAGGAUAAAAAUGUCUGCGUCAAAAAACUGCCAUAAUAAUAUUAUAUAUUAACCAACAUCAGUUCUGAUCAUAACUACCAAUUAUUCAUUCAUUUUCAGGAUUUUAGCCCUUUAAAUGCCAGUUUGUUUAUAUAAUGCCACUGUUGUUUUUUACACACACACACACACACACACACACACACACACACACACACACACACAUUUCUCAGUACACACAUACAAAACACACUCUGACAUCCAUACCAACACACACACACACAAUUUUAUCUGCAUCAUUUAUUCAAUUGUCCUGCAGUGCUCUAUAAUACAGCAAACAGAGAAUAGGGGAAAAGCAUGUAUUUGCUCCAUAGGCUAAACAUGAGAAAAAUGGUGCCAUCUGGUGGAAAAUAUUAAAAUGUAAAUGUUGAAGCCAGAGCUCUGGAAUGAAAGCAUAAUAUCAUAGAAUUCAUGAUUUUAUGCUUUAAUGGCACUGGGAUCAAAUAUUGCAGCUUUAAUGGGUUUCAAUGGGGACAUUUUUGUCCUGAAGGUCCUGAGUGUAACUAUUUUGUGUACACAGUGUGUUAUAGAUGUGUUAUAGGAACUGAGGUUGAAAUAUCAAAAUCCCCCCAAAAAUACACACCUUUGGCAACAUUUAUGCUGUUAGCAUUUACACAGCCAAAAUGAUCGAAAAACCUAAAAUGAAAAAGACAAAAAUGUCCCGAAGGUCGCACAAGGGUUAAAAGUUUAAUUUAUGCUUAAAACAAGAAAAUAAACUUAAUUUGAGAAAUAUUAUAUGAAAAAUAUUUCUAAUAUCUUAUGCAAUUUUGCAUCUCAAAUUUAUCUUGAUUUAAGGAUGUUUACGCUGUAUUUUGUAUGUAUAUAUAUAUAUAUUUUUUUCAACAAAAUUUGAAUAGAAAAAAUGCUAAAGUAAAAUUGGUUAACCUUACCAUAUACAGGGAAAAAUCAUAUAUUUAACAAGCCACUACAUUAAAUUCUACUGUAAAAAUGUUUUUUAGAAGUAAAAAGUAUGAAUUACCUUAGUAUUGCCAGUAGGUUUGUACAUCAAUAUAAAUUCGUUUAAUCAUAUGUAUGGUUGCAAAUCGUAAAAUGUAUUUUAGACAUCCUGUAAUGCCUAAAAAUGCUGUUACUGUAUCCACAGCUGCCCUUUUUUUUUUUUUACCAUAUAUAUAUAUAUAUAUAUAUAUAUAUAUAUAUAUAUAUAUAUAUAUAACAAGUUUUUUUUUUUUUUUAACAGUAUAGAUAUUUUUGCUGGAAAACAAGACAAAAAUACUAAUUAAGAAAAAAUCUUCAAGGUUGUUUUAACAAUAUCAUUGACACAUAAAGGAAAUGUGACAAACACGUACUGUACAUACAAACAUUGGCAACGACAAACACAGCUACGUUAUGAAAACUUCGAUAGAGCUUUUUACUCAUGCACACUGAUGGCACCGUUGAUCUCUUUGUCUGUGUCUCUCCAAACCAAUAACUCGACACACACUCAUCAUUGCCGGAUGAUUUAAUAGUUCACAAACGCACUCCGGUCUCCCAUCUGUCUCUCAUAGUGAAACAGUGUCUUUUCUUUCUUCACUCAAUGUACAAACACUGCUCAAAAACUAUAUGUAUCUUAUUAAAUAUCCUGAAUAUACUGUUAUAUAUUGCCUGACAUGAAAAUUGUGAAACUUAUAUUCAAAAGACAAAUAAUUAUCAUUAUAAAUGAAAAGUGGAAAACAGGAAAUAAAAACAUCUCGUGUUUAACAAA